AUGGACAAGAUUAGUCAAUUAUCAGAUGAUUUGCUCAUCAAGAUUUUGUCAUUAGUCCCAACCAAAGAUGUUGUGGCCAUGAGCGUUGUGUCUAAACGAUGGAUGUCUCUUUGGACAUUGGUGCCAAGACUUGUCUUUGAUGAUUACUCCUCAGAGGAUGAUGAGGAUGAAGAGACUAAUGAGAAUCAUCAUCCCAGAAAUUUGGCGCAGUUUGUUUCCGGGACGUUGCUGUUACAUAAGGCAGCGGUUCUAGAAUGUUUUCAUCUCAACAUUGCUUCAGAAUGUAGCGCUUCGGAGAUUGGUUUAUGGGUUAGAAUCGCAGUUGAUCGUUUUGUGCGUGAUCUGAAGAUUAGUUUUUAUUAUGCUCAUGGCGCUGUUAGGCUCCCAAGUAGGUUGUUUAGAUGUGAAACAAUUGAGACUUUGGAAUUCAAUAGGGUGAUUGUUUUGGAAGUUCCUUCUCGGUUUAGCUUUCGAUCCCUCAGAAGUUACGCCUUUUGUCUGUGA